AUGGCCAAUCAAAAAUAAACUUAGCCCUUGUUAUAAAAACUUCAAGCAGUAAUAUAAGCUUUGAAGAGGUGUGGCUAAUAGAAUCCUGAUAUUGAUCAAAGUCCUCCUUACAUUAGAAUACUGGAAGAAGUCAAGGAUAACUUCAAAGAUGUUGGCUAUUACACUGAGGACUUUAAUAAACGUAAUGCUAUUGCUAAAAAGUAAGUCAAUAUAUAUUUAAUUCGGAAAAUUAGAACCAAGGGGAGUUCAAUCAGAUCAAAGCUUACAAUCUUACAGAAUAGCAUAGCUAACUAUGCGAGACUAAUUGAAUCACUCUCAAUCGUCAGAAACUAAUAAAACAAUUAAUAUGAAGAGGCUUCAGAAGAGAAUAAAGACGGAAAUAUAUAACCAAGAUAGGUCUAAUACUAUAAUGAUGGUUCCUAAUAAUAACAUGAGAAAAAACUAUAGAACAAAAUAGAUGAGUUUGAAGUAAAACUUUAAAUGUUCUUGAAGUAAUAAUCUAUGCAAGAUGAAAGUGACUAUCAACAAAAGGAAUAUGCUUAGAAGUUAUCUCUAAUAGAAAAAGGGGAUAUAAAAUCAAGCAGGAGAAUAUAGCAUAAUAAUUCAUCGUAAGAAAGAGGUCCAAAUGACAAGGAUAAUCUCAAUAAAAAUAAGCAAAAUUAUAAUAAUGGAAAACUAUCUGACUUAAAUGUUAACAAAGCAUUCAGCGAUGAGCCUAGAAGCCCAUUACGAUUUAAUAAAGGCUAAGAAUAUUGCCUUGAAGCACAUUGUCUGCUUUAUGGGCAUGGAAUCGAACCAAAUACUGAAGUUGCCAUGGUAUGGUAUGAAAGAAGUGCUAAUCUAGGCGAACCAAGAGCAAUUGAUUCCUUAGGUAAAUUAUAUGAGGAUGGAGUUGGCACUAGAAUUGAUCUGAAUAAGGCUGUUUAGCAUUUUCAAAGAGCUGCUGAACUUGGUGAUCCAUCAUCAUAGUAUAAAUUAGCUAAAUAUUACUAAAGAGGUGGUAUAUUUCACCUCAAUGAAGGCAAACCCGAUGGUUAGAAAAGUUUUGAGUUAUUACAGUCUGCUGCAUAAGAAAAUUAAAAAGAAGCCUUGAGAGAAUUAGGGUUUAUCUAUGAGAAAGGUGGUUUAAUUGAAGGUUAAAAUCCUGGUAAAUUUAUUCUCCUAGUUGAUAUUGAUAUUAAAAAAGCACUUGAUUAUUAUUAAAAGUCUGCUAAGUAUGGCGAUGAAUUGGCAAUGAAUUAUUUAGGUUCAUAUUAUUUCAAUCACUCCUAGGACUAUGAUAAAGCUGUUUAGUUUUUUAGGUAAGCCUCUGAAUCUGGUAAAUGUGAAAGAGCUCUUAAUAAUCUAGCAAUAUGCUUUGAAUAAGGUAUUGGUGAUGCAGUAUAAGAUUAUUACUAAGCUUUGAAACUAUAUGAGCAGAGUGCAAUCCUUGGUUAUGAUUAAGCUUUAAUAAAUUAGGCUUUUCUCUACUACAAAGUUGCUCUCUCUGGUCAUAACCUUGGGGAUAUGGAUUCAUCUGAGCUAUACUUUUAAUGUGCUCAAUGUCUUAGAAAAGCUCUAUUCAAAGAUGAAAAUAAUUGUGAUGCAAUAUUCCUUCUGGCUAAGCUCUAUGAAGAAGGAUUAUCAAUUGAUUAAAAUCCUUAAUUAGCUUAUAAAUACUAUGAAAAGGCAGCAAAUCUUGGAUUUCCCAAGGCGUAUACUAAAUUAGGCCAUCUAUACUAUUCUGGAAUGAUUUAAGCAGACAAUCAGGACUUAGUGACUCCAUUUUAUAUGACCAAAGCGCAUAUUAACAAACUUAAAUCAAUGGAAUAUUACUAAAAAGCAUCAGAUCUAGGAGAUACAGAUGCUUCUAACUGUCUUGGAUUGAUUUAUGAAUCUGGACUUGACACGUGUCUCUAAGCUGACAUUGAAAUAGCAGAGAGAAAUUAUUACCUUGCCUUAAAAUAAAACAAAUAGAAUUUAGAUGCAAUGUUUAACCUCGGAUUAUUGCUUUUCAAUGGUAAUCAUAAUGAUCCUAGCAAGUCAAAAUUAGGUAUCACCUACAUUCAACAAGCUGCUGAUUAAGGAGAUCUAAGAGCCAAAGAAUUCUAAAUGAUUUCUUAAAUGCAAACUGUAACUCAAAAUUUUGUCUAAAAUUUAAUAAGACUAAACCCCCAAAUAAAUUAAAAUGAUAGUAUCCUAAAUGAUGAAGAAAUAAACUUAAGAAUUAACUGA